CACCCGGGGCUAUUUUCGAAUCACGGGAUCCGCCAUAUUUCUCGUCUUCGUCUUCCGGAUUUGGUUUUCUAUUUUGAUUAACUGGCGAGUUUCCCGACCAUGGCAGCAACAGGACCUUACAACUACUCGUAUAUAUUCAAAUAUAUCAUUAUCGGAGAUAUGGGUGUAGGCAAAUCCUGUCUACUUCAUCAAUUUACAGAAAAGAAAUUUAUGGCAGACUGUCCACAUACCAUUGGUGUUGAGUUUGGAACACGUAUAAUUGAAGUGUCAGGCCAAAAGAUCAAGCUUCAAAUAUGGGAUACAGCAGGACAAGAGAGAUUCAGAGCGGUCACAAGAAGUUACUAUAGAGGUGCUGCUGGUGCCCUAAUGGUGUAUGAUAUUACAAGGAGAAGCACUUACAAUCAUUUAAGUAGCUGGCUCACAGAUGCAAGAAAUUUAACAAACCCAAACACGGUAAUAUUUCUGAUUGGGAACAAGUCGGAUCUUGAUGCACAGAGGGAUGUGACAUAUGAAGAAGCCAAACAGUUUGCAGAGGAGAAUGGACUUCUCUUUUGUGAAGCAAGUGCAAAGACUGGGGAAAAUGUGGAGGAUGCUUUCUUAGAUACUGCAAAGAAAAUAUACCAAAAUAUCCAGGAUGGAAGUUUGGAUCUCAAUGCUGCAGAGUCGGGAGUGCAACACAAACCUCUAGCAGGGCGACCAUCGAACUCGCUGCACACAGAUCAGCAAGCAAACCAGGAGAAAUGUGCCUGCUAGCCAACUAUCGCCGCGUCAAGAUCUUUGAUUUUAAUCAGCUAACUUCAAGAAAUUUACCCUGUGGGACACAGAUGAGAGCAUGACUUAUUUUCCAUAAAUGGUACAAAUCAUCGGCUUAGUGUAACAUUUACAUGUAGAUACCAGAUGCGAUAUAAAUACUUAUUAUAUACUAAGUAGUAAAGGGGAAUUGGUGGGGAUUGGCAUCGUCUUUACAAAUGCCAUUUGCCAGUUGUUUGACAGUGUGUUACAUGUGGUACAUACAUGAAGUAUUUGUUUGUUCCUGCUAAACUGCCCACCACACUAACCAGCAAGAAUGAUUACAGUGGGCUCAGGGGAUUCCAGGAGAAUAUAUUUCUGCUAAAAAAUUCACAGUGGUUAAACUUGUCUUGCAUGUUAAACAAUGUAAAUGCAAUGAUAUAUCACUUUGUCUAUUUUUGCAAUCUAUCUGGAUAUGGUUAUUACAGUCUGUAAAUGCCUCAUUCAGAAGGGCAGCCAAGGUAAAAAAAACAUUUGACGUUUGUUUGUCUAAUAACAAAAAUGCUAGGUCCACUGACUACCAGGUAUUCCUCAUUGGAUUGUCACGCAAUGCUUUGUUCACAUCGAGGGACAGUCCUUAAUGAAGGAAAUUGUUAAAACUUGGUAUUGUAAUAUUUGUACAUUUCUUCGUACAUAGUGAGGAGGGCAAUACCCAAGUGAAUUGUUUUAACCAUUCAGCACCAGGCUUAAAAUAACAGAAAUUAAUUUCCCCUUGCUUAUAUCUUUUGAGAUAUCCUACAACCAGAUGAGAUAAGAUCAAGACCGUUAACAUGUUUUAACAUGUACAUAAUUAUUGAUGAUGCCUUAACGAUCAAGAAAGGUUAAAAAAUCUUGGUGUUACAGUAAGGACCUGAAGGAUUGACACUUGAAGUACAGUAUUAAAAUACGUGUACAUGAACGAUGGUAUUCCAAGACAACAGAUUAUGUGUGUUAAUAUUUCAUCAAUUUCCUAAAAAAGCUUGUCUGUCUGUCCUUUGAGGACUAACUCCGUUUAAAUGUACCAACAUGUAUGUUUUUUCAAGGCAGCCUUUCCCAUUUGGUUCCACUGAGUGUCCAAGUCAAAAAAAAAAAAAAAUCAAAAUUUAAUUUUGCAAGAUGAUAAACAAGCAGUUAAACAUGAAAGUACUGCUCAACACACUAGGGUUUAAUCCACAGACUUAAAAGUUAGAACCAUCUUGUACAGUGUAAUUAACAGAACCAUGUGAAAUUAUUGUUCGAUAGCUCGUACUCUUAGCGGGUUACAUCUGAAGACAUCAAAGUUAGUAUCACAAUGAUUGAUGCAAGGUUUGUUGCCUCUGGGAGUGGGUUAAGUUGGUGUACUCAUUUACAAUUACAUGAUCGUGAAAAGCCUGAACUCUUUCAAGAGCUUCACUGCGGCCAUGCAGUACGGCAAAUUACAGGUUUAAUCAAGACUUUUUAGCUUGUAAUGUUAAUUAGAAUUUGCUGCUGCAUAGUUUUGCACCUUGAACAAAGGUGCCCUUGAUGCAUCUAGGGAUUGAAUCUACUUGUAGAUUAAUUACAUUGUGAUAGAGGUUAGCCUGUCAUUGUGGACUUUAUUGGUACAGUAUCACAAAUCGUUCUCAGAACAUUGUCAAAUGAGAUUCUUAUUAAGCCAUGGUAGCCUAGUGGGUGGUAUUCGCUCAACCGCAGCUCAUUCCUUUGUGAAAUGGUCGCACAAGUCUAAUGUAACUAAUUUGUUCCGUUACAGUAACUAAGGCAACCGAAAGUCUACUGCGCCUGCUACGGGUAAUUCUUUUGACGCUUACAUGUAUAUGAUACCAGUGGACCAUAGUUUCUACUAAAAUGACACGAAAUUGUUGUACAACUGAAAAUUGUGAUUAAAUUAAGUACUAAAAUACGCAACGAAAUCCAACGGUAGAACGCGGGAUUGUCUUUUGCAAAUAUAAAGAAAAGAGCUGUGUAUGUUUAUUGUCGCUUCGCUACAUGUGGCAUUCAAACCUCGCGGGUUUAGCGAGGGGAAAAUGAAGAGCAAAACAUCUGCGUUGUGUUUAAUUUGAACGCUGCAACAGCAAACAAAGUUAGACAGAAUAGUGUUGUUUUGCGGCAAAAUUUUCCUUCCGUUAAAUGACUGUGAUUUUGAUUCUGACUCGCAAUUUUCGUUUUUCCCUCGAACACAAUCACUAAUUUGUUUCUGGGAUUUGGUGUUUAGAGUCCUUUUCGUCUUUACAGAGCCUGGAAGGGAGUUUGCGAAGGGAUUUGCUCAGUGUAGGAACGAACUGAGUCAGGAGCGUUGCCCAGCGGACUUUUUCAAACUUCCUUUCAGCCUCUCCGGAGUAAAAUCGAUGGUGCGUAGUAGAAGCUGGGAGAAAAUGUUGGGGUAUGGGGAAUUAAUUAUAACAUGUAUUGCUAGAUGCAGUCUCCUUUAUUUGUUAUUUCAUCUAAUUCAUAAAUUCUUUAUAUACAGUAACUCAAUCUAGCCUGCGUACCAAGCGUUCCAGUACGAACGAAGAGCUUUUUCUUUUAGCCUCGUCUAUUUUUUGCCCUCGCCCAAUUUUCGCGCGACCACUGAGCUAGCAGGCGAGAAACUCUUGGUUCGUGCAGGAACGCUUGUUACCCAGGCCACACUUAAUCUGAAUCUUCAGACGUAACGUAAUGUCAAAAAGUACCAGUUUAGUUUUUAAUAAAUAAUUAAAAAUGAAAAUUCGA